AUGUCCAGCUUCAAGAACAUCAGACGGGUGCUCAUUGCCAACAGGGGUGAAAUUGCUGUGCGGAUAAUCAAAACCUGCAAUAGAUACCAACUGACAGCCGUUGCUAUCUACUCGAAAGAAGAUCUCGAAUCGCUUCAUGUCAGUUUGUCGGAUGAGGCAUACUUGCUGAGCGGAGUUGGAGCUAGCGCAUAUACGAACAUCCCAGAGAUCAUCGAGCUGGCAGCAAAGCACAACAUCGAUGUGGUCAUUCCUGGGUACGGCUUUCUUUCUGAGAACUCAGAAUUCGCAGCAGAGCUGGCCAAGAACGGUAUUCUUUUUGCCGGUCCUUCUUCAGAGUCUGUUGAGCAAUUUGGGUUAAAACAUCUGGCUCGUGAUAUUGCAAUCAAGGCAAAUGUUCCUGUGGUUCCUGGAACUAGUUUGAUCAGCGAUAGCGAAAAGCUUGUUUCUGAAUGCAACAGGAUCGGGUACCCUGUGAUUUUGAAGGCCACAGCAGGAGGAGGAGGAAUGGGUCUCAAGGUGUGCUACAACGAAAGCGAACUUGUGGCGAACUUUGCCGAGGUCACUUCCAGAGGCACGUCUCUUUUUUCGAAUGCCGGUGUGUUUGUUGAAAAGUACAUCGAAAAAGGUCGACAUAUCGAAGUCCAGAUGUUUGGUAACGGUAUGGGUGACGUGGUCACCUACGGAGAGAGAGAGUGCUCUAUCCAGAGACGGCACCAAAAAGUCAUUGAAGAAUGUCCAUCGCCGUUUGUGUCCGAUCUUGGUACGAAGCAUAACUUACGGGAACGUCUGACCUCGGCAGCAAAACGCCUGGCCACCAAAAUCAAGUACAAGUCUGCCGGUACAGUCGAGUUCUUGGUGGACGACACAACCGGCGACUUUUACUUUUUGGAGGUCAACACCCGGUUGCAAGUGGAACACGGUAUUACAGAAAUGGUGUAUGACGUUGAUUUGGUUUAUUUGAUGCUGUUGCAAGCAGAACAUGAAAGCAACUCCUCUGGUAUUCCUGUUGAGAUUUUGAAAGCAAGUUUAAAAUACGACCAAAACGGCGUUGAAAUUCCCAACGGCCAUUCGAUUGAAGUUCGAGUGUACGCGGAGAAUCCGGUUCGCAACUUUGCUCCCUGUCCCGGAAUUUUGCAUAAUGUCUCGCUGCCUUCAGACGGUACUUACGGGGACUAUCAAGUGCGAAUCGAUCACUGGAUUGAGACCGGUAGCAAGGUCUCGCCUUACUUUGACCCGCUUCUCGCUAAGGUGAUGGUUUGGUCUCCAGUCCGGAACAGUGACAACAUGAUCAAAGUUCUCAAUGAUAUCAAGAUACAGGGCCCCGUCAAUAAUGUGGAGUACUGUAUUCAUAUUCUGGACAGCCCUGAGUUCCGCACAGGAAACACGCUUACCGGCUUGCUUUCAGGGUUCGUGUUCAAGCCACAUCUGAUUGAGUUCGAAAGUGGGGGAGCAUACACCACCAUCCAGGACCUCCCUGGAAGACGUAAGGUCAGAUUCGGAGUCCCUAUUGGCGGUCCGGUUGAUCCGCUAGCUUUGCAAAUAGCAAACGUCAUUGUUGGAAAUCCUUUGCACUGUGAAGCUCUUGAGAUAAACCUCAAAGGACCGGCCAUCCGUUUCCAUGCCCCAGCAGUGGUUGCCCUUGCUGGUGGCAGAUUCAAGUUUACCCUUGAUGACAAGGACGUCCCUAUGUACACGGAGCUGUUCAUUCCUGCCGGCAGUCUUCUUGAGAUAAAGGAGCCCCUAGGAUCUGCUGCAAAGUGCUAUCUGGCAAUCAAAGGCGGCUUUCCAGGAGUUGCCAACUAUCUUGGCUCUAAGGGUUGCCUGCCAAGUCUGCAGCUUGGUGGCCACCAGGGACGAAUCAUACUUCCUGGAGAUUGUCUUGACAUUUCAAAACUAGAACCAAUCGAGGUCUUCAAAACAGGCUAUCAGUUCCCAGAAUCGCUCAUUCCUGACUACGAGAGAGCCACCAAUGUGGUCCGUGUUAUUGGCGGUCCCCAUGACACGCCAGACAUCGUAUCGGAAGAAGGAAUGGAGCAACUCUACUCCGUUCCCUACUCUGUCAAUUUCAACUCCAACAGAGGAGCUACCCGACUGGACGGCCCAGAAAUGAAGUUCAGCAGGCCUUCAGGUGGUGACGGUGGUGGCCACCCAAGUAACAUAUUAGAGUAUCCCUAUCCUACGUGUGGUUUGUCUGCUGUUGGGUCUGUUAUGACUCUGUACGGGCCGGAUGGAGCCACUGCCUCGGGAUUUGUCUGCAUUUUUGCUCCUGCUGAGGCAGACUUUUGGAGGUUCGGCCAGGCUGCUAUCAACAGCAAAAUUCACUUCACUCCUAUCACGUACAAUGAUGCAAUCAAGCUCAUGAAGCAGCGGAACGAGUAUCUGGAAGAGAUUUCCAAACGUCCUAGCAGCUCGUCUAUCAAGUUCAACGACGAGCUUCCUGAAUACGAGCCACUGAAAAGCAAGGUUGGUAACUUCUUGUACAGACGGGAGUUGUCAGAAACCUUGCCGGAGGUAUGCUUUAGACAGGCUGGAGAAAGAAUGAUCGUGGUCGACUUUGGCAACCUGGAAUUCGAUCUGUUCAAAAAUGGCCGCCAGCACGUGAUGGAGACAGAAAUCAGAAAUCAGCUGCCGGGAAUGUUUGAAAGUAUUGAGUGCUGUACAGGAGCCAUGGGAGUCCUGUAUGAUCCAAUGGAAGUGGACAGAGCUGAACUGCUGGAGAAACUGAUCGAACUGGAAGCCUCAAUCCCGCAGAUCGAGAAGCUGAAGAUUCCAUCAAGAACAUUCAGAUUGCCGGUUGCCUUUGAGCACUCAGCUCUUGACCACUGUUUGGAGCGGUACAUGCAUUCACAGCGUUCACAUGCCACGUAUUUGCCAAAAAAUACCGAAUACCUCAUGAAAGCAAACCUCAUCAAAGACAUGGAGCAGUUUAAGAGCUGCAUUAUAGGCAAGCCGGAAAUGGUGGUUGCGAUCACCUUCUUAUGUGCUAACGUGCUGAUGGCCACUGUGGACCCGCGGUGCAGACUUUCUGCCUCGAAGUACAACCCUACACGUACAUCAACCCCUAGCGGAACGAUCUCCACCGGCUCCGUGUUGCAAUCCAUCUAUCCACAGGAAUCCCCUGGAGGAUACAUGAUGUGGGGUAUGACUCUGCCAAACUGGUACUGGGAUACAUUCUGUAGAAUCCACGAGAAUCCAUGGCCUUUCAAGGUGUUUGACCAGGUGGUUUUCUAUGAGGUUGAUGAGGAAGAGCUGCAAAGAAUGAACAAUCUACUGCUCACGAAAAAGAUGAAGAUUGAGCCGACCGAGGGUGUUUUCGAUUUCGUGGAGUACAGGAGUUUCCUUGAUUCAAUUGAUGACGAGCUGAAGGAUCUGAAAAGGCGCAAGCUUUUGGCGUUUGAAGAGUGCAAUCGUGAGGAACAGGCUGAUUUUGAGCUGUGGCAACAAGAAAAAGCAGCUGCUGCUGCCUCCAAGCCAAAAUCAGACGACGUCAGCAGCGUUCCAGGUGCAAUUAAGAUUACAUCGCACAUGCCAUCAAACGUUUUUAAAAUCAAGUGCAAGGUGGGAGACGUUGUUCCUAAGGAAGAUCCGCUCGUUAUUUUGGAAGCUAUGAAAAUGGAAAUUCCUGUGCAUAUCAAGAACAAAUCGAGUUUCGAAAAGUAUGAGGUUCUGGGGGUGGUUGUCGAGGAGGGUGAUAUCGUCAACCCUGGUGAUGUUCUUAUGAUUAUCAGGGGGGUGGAGUCCACCUAG